AUGUCAGAUCGAGAGGACAGCGUUGAGGGCGCCCCCCCUACGAUUGAGCCAUAUGAGGUCCUUGGGCUUGAGCGCACCGCGACAGCAGACGACGUCAAGAAGGCCUAUCGCAAGGCGGCGCUAAAGCAUCAUCCAGACAAGGUUGCAGAUUCCGAGCGCGCCAAAGCCCACGAAACGUUCCAGUCUGUUGCAUUUGCCUACGCGGUGCUGUCAGACCCUGCCCGCAGGAAGCGAUACGACACAACCGGCUCCACGGCAGAGUCCAUUGUCGACUCGGAUGGCUUCAACUGGAGCGAGUUUUACCGCGAGCAGUUUAAAGACGCCAUUUCGACCGACGCGAUUGAAAAGUUUGCCAGCAAGUACAAGGGCUCCGACGAAGAAAAAGACGAUGUGCUGGUUGCUUACGAGCAGUGCGCCGGCGACAUGGACGCUCUUUUUGAGCACGUCAUCCUAAGCAGCGUCGUCGAGGACGAGGAGCGCUUCCGCGCCAUCAUCGACCAGGCGAUCAAGGAUGAGGACGUACCCGCGUUCAAGGUCUACACGAAGGAGCCCAAGCUGAAGCGCGCCGCCCGUCUGAAGCGCGCCCGCAGCGAGGCUGCCGAGGCUGAAGACUACGCCAAGGAGCUGGGUGUCCAUGACCAGAUAUUUGGCAGCAAAAAGGGAAAGAAGAACGACAAGGCUGGCUCGGAAGAUGCCUUGGCGGCCCUGAUCCAGCAGAGACAGCAGAAUCGCUCUGAGAGCUUCUUUGACCACCUCGAGGCCAAGUACGCGGCACCAAGCAAGGGAAAGAAGGGGAAGAAGAGAGAUGUAGAGGAGGAGCCGUCGGAAGAAGCUUUCCAAGCCGCCGCCGCCAAACUGAAGGGUGGUUCAAAGAAACGCCGUAAAUAA